AUGAAUAUCCAAAUUUAUAUAAGGGACUUAGUUUUACAGGUUUAAGAUCAGAAUACAUGUCAGUUCAUUUGGGUCUAUAAGGAUUACUUUGUUUUUGAUCAAAUAAAAUGA